CGAACAUAUUCAACAAGUCAAACGUCGCACCAUCCGAGCUGGAGCGGGCGCCGACACACCACCACACACGCUGCGUGAACACAGAGGGCGUGCCGACGACGACGACGUGAAGACGACGAACCCAUGGAUUCCCAAGAGCAUGGAGCGGCGGUGGUAAGACCGUCCCUGAGGCUGACCACGCACUUGAUGGCCACGUUCAAAGGAAUCAACAUGAUGUACUACAAGGCCCAAAGAGAGAGAAAGGCAGAGAAGGCCCUCCUAUCGAAAGACCCGACGGCGGGCCUUACGAAGCAUGUCGAAACGUCCAAGAAAGUCGACAAGAUCAUGGCUGGUCAUUACGUACCCACCGAGAACGAAGUCUUGCAUGGCCGAUAUCGCAUCACAGGAAAGAAAUUGGGCAUGGGUACAUUUGGCCAAGUCCUGGAAGCAUACGACGAAACGACAUCGGAAGGAGUGGCCAUUAAGAUCAUCAAAAACCACUCUCAUUUCACCAUCCAAGCUCAAACGGAGAUUAAGAUUCUCGAAUACAUGCACACGAGCUCUGAAGCGAAUCGGUGUCACAUCGUGAAACUUUUGGACAAGUUCUCCCACAAAGGCCACGAAUGUCUUGUGUUUCCACUUUGCUCGUACAACUUGUACGAGUUGCUUCGCAGCGUUGAAUUCAAAGGCCUGGGCCUCAAGCUCAUUCGCAAGUUUGCCAAACAAAUGAUCGAAUCGCUCGAAUUUCUCGGGUCCGUUGGCGUCAUUCAUUGCGACCUCAAGCCCGAGAAUGUCGUGCUGGUCCGCUCCAACCGGAGCAGCAUCAAGGUCGUCGACUUUGGCAGCUCGUGUCUCUCCGACAAGCGAAUACACACGUAUAUCCAAAGCCGGUUCUACCGCGCACCGGAGAUUCUCCUCGGCAUGAAAUAUUCUACUGCCAUCGACGUGUGGAGCGUUGGAUGCAUUUUGGUCGAGCUACACACAGGGUCGCCUCUCUUCGCCGGCCAAGACCUGCCGGACCAACUCCGGAGGAUGGCCCUUGUGCUUGGCGUCAUUCCUGGACACAUUGUCGAACAAGCCAACCCGAACGUCCGCCGCGAGUACUUCGAGCGUGAGCUGCUGCCUGACUUGACCCCCACGCGCAACUACAAGCUGAAGAAGCGAAACUUAAAGCCAGACGGAUCUGUGUCUCUCGACUCGAUCUGUACAUUGGGCGGUCGACGGCUGAACAAGGAGCCGGACCACAGCCGCGCCGACUACGACCGAUUCGUGGACUUGGUGUCCCGCAUGCUUGAAAUGGACCCGGCCCGAAGGAUAACGCCCGCCAUGGCGCUGCAUCACCCCUUCUUCCACGAUCACAUGCCUCCACCACCGCCACAGCCGUUCCUCACACGAAGCGCCGCCUCAAUGGACAAGAAGCGGACAACGGGCUUGGAAUCCACAGAUGUAUGCAUGACAGACCACGAGUCGUCGACAGUCCGCUCUGACGACCCGUACCACGUGUGCACACACCGAGCAAAACAGAGGAAGCUGCUUGUGCCGCACCAUCGAGACGGGUGAAGCCAGUCCGUCGAUGGUCCAUGUCCGUCAGUGCCUUAUUUAUUCCCGUCCGUCGUGAAGUCAUCGGGUGUCCACGAUCAGCAAGUACAGUGAGAAGCACGUAUAAAGUUAAGAGAGCACACAGUCCGACCAUCGUCGAACGAGGUGGCAUUCAAAGUUACUGGGGCGGAUGGGUCUAUCGAGAGUGGUGGUGGGUUCUGGUCUAUUAGCGACAUUACCAAAACCCCGGCAGCACCGGGAGAAGAGUGCGAGGCAUUUAAGCUUCCACGCGGUUCUUCAAGAAGUUCAAGAGCACGUCCAACGCGCGGUGUUCCUCACCGAAGUCGGUGACGACGGCCACGGAGGUGGACACGACCUUGCGGGCUUCGCCCUUGUCGUCAAUCUUGCACAAACCCGACCAUUCGCCCAAUUGCUUGCCGCUGGGCACCAUGAUGAGGUUCACGCCGUGUUCUUCGCACAAGGCACGGACCAACUUUUGGUACGAAGGCUCGUCGCAGUCUUGGGCCAACACGCAGAGUCGGGCACGGCGCGAGUCCAACGCCUUGGCGCAUUCGUGGAGGCCGCGCUUCAAGCCGUCAUGGACCAACGCCUUCUUCAGCACUUCUUGGAGAGCUUCCAAUUCUCCCAAUUCAGCCACUUCCACUUGGACAUCGUUUACUUCCUCGGCCGACAUGAUGGUGGUGUAAGCGUCCUCAAAAG